AUGACGAUGACGGCCUCGAGAGUUCGCGCCCGUAAGAACAAGGUCUUGCGGUCCGUCUUCCCGAUUGACGUCUCGCAGCCCACGCCCCUGCUGGUCUCGACGGCGCCCGGGGAGCUUUUUGGUGGACCACUUGCGUCGACCGCCGCCGUCAGCGACGCCAACACCCCAUCCUUGCAGCCGGCUGGUGAUCAAGUUCGCUGGGACAGGGCGUGGCAUGCUGUCACGUCAAAGAUCCAGCUUCCGAGCUCCGUCGCCGUCGAGGACUCCUUUGGCACAGCCGCCCCGGACUCUCGGGGUGACGACUCGUCGUUCCGCGAGAGCUUAGCUCUGGUGCUAGACGCCCACCUCAGCGUGCCUUGCGCCAACCACACCGAGGACAUCCUGCAGUGGCACACCCAGCAGGUGCGCCAGCACUUUAUGCAUCACGUUCUGCCCUUGCUGGCCGCCUGCGCAGCACAAGACCAUCACGCGCAAGUGUUACUGAGCAGUGUGCAAACUUUGGAAGCGGCCCAUCGUCAGUAUCUCUACGGCUUGCAUGUUGUUGUGCGAGGCAUCCGAGACCAGGCCGCGGGACAGCUCGCCAGGGACAGGUUCAGCCGUGACCUGCAUGCCAUCAUCGGAAACUCAUGGGCUAGGGGCCUGGUAGAAGCCCUGCGCGGAGUCGUGUACCGUCUGCUGGCCGCGAUUCUGGCGUCCAGCCGGUGCAGCACAGCAGCAGGGUCUGGCCGAUGGCAAGGCGAUGACGAGCGUCGAGUGCCUGCUGCACGGGAAGAAUUGCUGAGCCUCUUGGAGUCGUUGAACAACGUUGGCUUGGGGGGGGACAGACUCCACGUCCUGUUUGCCGAGGUCAUGGACACGUGCAUGGGCGAGUUUAUACAGCAGACUUACGCUGGCGUAUGGACCGCGCUGGACUCGGACGGAAAGGUGGAUGCGGAUUCUUCGUCUGGCUGCAUGGCACACCUAUGCGACUGGGUUGAGAAUCAUUACGCCCGCCUGGCUGCCGAGGUAUUCAGCCGGCUUGGUGGUCAAGUCGCCCGGGCUCAUGUUCAGCAAUGGCGAGAAAUCGCCGUCGGGAGACUGGCUUCGCUGCGGAUGCAAGAGCUGUUCGAUAUCGUGCUCGACUGGCCCAGGAGCAAAGGAGGCUUGGAAGAUCUCCGGUGUGCCGUGGCAACGCCUCAACGGCGGCUGCAGCUGACCGACACAUUCUCGGCUUCUGUGCAGAAGAGGCUGUUGCAUCCCGGGAGGUCGACGCUCAACAUACUGCAGACGUACAUCUCCAUGAUCAAGACGUUCCAUCAACUGGACGCUUCAAAAGUCCUGCUCGAUCGAGUGGCGCACGCUCUGCAGCUCUAUCUAUGUCAGCGAGACGAUGCAAUACGAAUCGUGGUCACGGGCCUGCUAUCCAACCCCGCCGGCACAAGCACGAACGACGCAAGGACGCAACUCGUGGAACUGGGCGUCUUGCUGAAUGAAGCAUCGGAGCAGCAGCAGCAGCAGCAGCAGCAGCAGCAGCGUGCACAUGUUGAUGAAGACGACCUUGACUGGGACGACAUGAGCUGGGUCCCCGACCCCGUCGACGCGGGGCCCAACUACAAGAGGCCCAAGACCGAAGACGUCAUUGGCACGCUCAUCAGCGCACUGGGCUCGCAAGAGAUUUUCAUCAAGGAAUUUCAGUCCAUCAUGGCAGAACGGCUGCUUUCCAACCAAGCUGGGUUUCAGCAAGAGAUCAAGGUCCUGUCCCUGCUGAAGAGACGAUUCGGCGACAGUGCUCUCCAGAACUGCGACGUGAUGGUCAAGGACAUUUACGACUCGAGGCGCGUGGACGCUCUGCUACGCAAGAGCCUACGGGGUAGCCGCGGCCACGUCGAGAGUUGCGACAAGUAUCAUGCCAAGAUCCUCUCGCGCCUCUUCUGGCCGAGUCUGCCGAGGGAACCCUUCACCGUGCCUGCUCCUGUUGCGGAAGUUCAGGCCCAGUACGAGGCUGGGUUUGAGCGCCUGAAGACGUCUCGAAAACUGACUUGGCUGGACCACAUCGGAUCAGCAACGGUUCAGCUCAACCUGCAAGACCGAUCCAUCGAGCUGGAAUGCAAGACGUACGAGGCGGCCGUCAUUUACGCGUUUCAGAGCGACGACGGCAGCCAAGCUGGCCCCAAGCAGCACACAUUGGCCGAAUUGUGGCAAAAGCUGAUGAUUGACGAGGACCUGCUGGACUCGGCCCUGCGAUUCUGGAUCUCAAAGAGUGUUCUCAAGGAUGCCGGCAACCAAACCUACGUGGUCCUCGAGAGGGUGCAGGACGGGGAAACGGCGACGGAUGCAAGGGGAGAUGCAGCUUCGGUAGCCGGCGGAGAAGACGCCGGGCCGCUGUCCAGCCGAAGGACGAGGAUUGAUCCAAAGGAGCAGGAGCGGAGAAGAGUAUACUGGCAGUUCAUCGUGGGCAUGUUGACAAACUCGGGCCCAGCCAUGCCGUUGGGGCAGAUAGCCAUGAUGAUGAAGAUGCUCAUAGCCGACGGGUGUUCCUGGGGCAACGAGGAGUUGCAGGAGUUUCUGGGGGACAAGAUUUCGGAGGGUGUGCUGGAGCUAUCGGGGGGCAAGUAUCGCUUGGUGAAGAAAUGA